CCCCCGCAUGUUGAGUCCUGCCCGCCCUCACUUCCACUCAGUAUUCACUCUCAUGGUGCACUCUGAUCCACAUUCAGAGCGCAGCGUCCUCUCAUGCAGCCGUGGGUUCACUCCUGCACACUUUAGGUAUCCGUGGAUAUUUGGCGUGGAAGUUCUUUAAGGCUGCCUUCUCAUCUGUGUGUCCCAGAUAUUGAACAAAAAGAUUUUGGGAGGAAACUUUUGAAACCACAAGAAAGCCUGGCUGACAACAUCAAAGCAACACCUUUUUCCCCUGCUUACGUAUCAAGAGACGGAAGAAUGUCUGACAGCAGGACUCUGACAUCUUGUUUGUGGAUCUAAUUUUAUAAUCCGUAGAAAAGGCGGAAAAAGAAACCAGUCUUCCAUUCCUGGGGAAUCCCAACAAUAAGUACAGUUUCUACCAAAGCUGCAGUAAUGGACUCCAUGUUUAGUGUGUACCUGAACGAACAAAUCAUUGAGGAGCACUAUAAAUACACAGGCAAGCUAAAUGGGACCAGCGGGGAUAAGUACAAGACUGGACUCAAACCAGACGCCAUUGCUUUCCUGCUUGUCUGCCUGCUUAUUGUUGCAGAGAAUGCUGUGGUGCUUAUUGCCAUCUGGAAGAACAAGAAGUUCCAUAUCCCCAUGUACUAUUUACUGGGGAACUUAACUCUCUCAGACCUGCUUGCAGGUUUAACCUACAUGAUAAACAUCAUGACAUCUGGUGCCAACACGAUGAACAUGACCCCCUUGCUAUACUUCCUGAGGGAGGGCUGUGUGUUCAUCACGCUGGCCGCCUCCAUCAUCAGUCUGCUGGCCAUCGCCAUAGAGCGCCACGUCACCAUGGUGAGGAUGAAACCCUACCAGGGCCAUAAACAGGGACGGAUGUUAGCUCUGAUCUUAUGCAGCUGGGUGCUGUCAGUGUUCCUGGGUGUUCUGCCAGUCCUGGGCUGGAACUGCAUCUGGCAGCUCAAUAAGUGCUCCACCGUCCUGCCGCUCUACGCUAAAAGCUACAUCCUCUUCUGCAUCACCGUCUUCAGUGCCGUCCUCAUGUCCAUUGUGGUUCUCUAUGUACGAAUCUUCCGCAUCGUCAAGUCCAAUACCCAGCGCCUCGCCACAGUUCCCCAACGCAAAGGUCUUUACCGCAAGUCUCAGAAGUACAUGGCCCUUCUGAAAACCGUCACCAUCGUCCUUGGGGUCUUCAUCGCUUGCUGGAUGCCCCUUUUCAUCCUAUUCCUUCUGGACUUCAGCUGUCCAAUCAAUGAAUGCAAGGUGCUCUUUAAGGCCGACUACUUCUUGGGCCUCGCAGUGUUAAACUCCUUCCUUAACCCCAUCAUCUACACGCUGACCAGCAAGGACAUGCGGAAGGCCAUUCUCAAACUGCUCUGCCACCGCUGCCUCCUAACUGCAGACGGGAGAAUGAAAAAGUUCGGUUUGGCCUUCCUGGACUUCAGCACCACCAAGACGGACGCAACGUCUCACAGACUAGAGGGAAUGGAGACGACGGUUUCUUCUGCGAACCUUCCCUCAACUAUUAAAGCUAUUUAUCCAAGGAUAUCCAAGAUAUAACACUCUGACUCAGAACUGAAAGGAAAGCACGCAGACUGAAACUGGUCGUGCUGCACUUCGAUUUGUGCAAAAGACUCAUAUUUAAAGAAACAUUGGAAGGAAGAGAAAAAAAAAACUGUUGCACUUUGAAAUUAUUCUAGUUUUAAAUUGUCCACGUUUAUAAAGCUGGGAGAAACAAAUUUCAUGUUUGACUCAUAUUUAUACCACUUCUAUGUGCCUUCAUUGUUGCUGAAAGCUAGUCUUUCAUAGCAUUACCAUUAAAGACUCUUAAGCAAGGCCAGUAUUAAUCCAAGACAAAACCUAAGUUGUCUAGUAAGUUCUUGCAGAGGCCAAUAAAUCCAAGCCUUAGUGUUGACAUUAUGCAGCAUCUGUAAUGUGCAGCUGAUUAAGAGGGGAAAGCCCAAGAUUAAGCUUUAGGCUUCUCUCCCACUGCCUUUGUAGCAUAUAAUGACACGUUGUCGUGAUCACGGAGCCAUCCACACCCAAAAAAAUUGGCGGCUGCCCAAAGGUUGUAAUCUCUGCCAUGUGAGUUUUGGUCAGCGCCGAGGCCGGCGGCAUCAGAGACUCUAAAGACGUCAGACAGAGGGGCCGGGCUGGGUGGCCCUUCAGCUUUGGAGGUCCCUCAAACACAUGUAGCAUCACACACGACCAGUGCUUUAAAGCAAUAAAAGCUGACAGCCGAGGCGUGGCGACGCCUUUUUUGCAGGCUGGAACGUGGCAGUUAAAAGUUAUAGCUUGAUAGACAGACAUUUCUGCUAGAGGACGCUCAUCUUUAUUCUGUGAAUUUCUUCUUUUUGUGUGUGUGAAGGCCUAUCAGUGAAAUUUAAUCACAUUGUAAAAACAAAAAAUGUAAAGAUAAAAAUCUAUUUUCUUGUAUUUAGUUUGUAAAUAUGUCUUACCUUCAUUACCUACAUAAAUUAUGCUUUUUUAUAUCUGCACUGAAUAAACAUGUGAAU